AUGAAUGCAAAUAUGUGUCAAUAUCACCAAAAUAAUGUCACAGCAGCUAUAGCUCAUACAACAAGCAUCAUCCAAUAUCUCAUCGACGAGUACAAAGUCGAUCCGAAUGCAAUGAUAUCGAAUACGUUCUAUAUACACGACAAGAAAAUUUCCUACUAUUCCGACAUUUAUAUUGAUCUGGGUGAGUAUCUCUCUGUGCAUCUAUCUGGUGGCCACUUAUCUCAACCUGAACUCGACAAUCCACUCGAUCUCAAGCCGGAUACAGACGAGAAAACAUUCUUCUGUAUCACUACAAUUUCUGCCUAUUAUGUUCCGCAGACACGAGAGCGUGCACAAACUCUGCUCGAUCAAAUAUGUCGAUUCAAACUAUUUCCCAGUAGCGAAACAACUCUACAAAUGGUUUGUUACAAUCCACAAUCGGGCUUCUACACAUCGUCGAUUUUAAUUAAACGACCAAUAAUUAAAGAUUUACGUUUGAACUAUGGUGAUGGAUUUUUGGAAGUCCAUGAAAAACUCUUGAAACGAUUGCGCGAAGCCGAUUCGACUGGUAUCACUUUCUUGCAUGGACCACCGGGAACUGGUAAAACUUUUUAUAUUCGAUAUUUGAUCAAUGAAAUCAGCGAAAAAAGUCUCAUAUAUGUGCCGCCGGAUUUGGUUACGGAAAUGACUAAGCCGGGCUUUUUACCAUUUCUUAUGCAAUAUCCAAAUUCGAUAUUGAUUGUAGAAGAUGCAGAAAAUAUUAUACUCGAUCGCAAAGAUAAUAUCAAUCCAAACCAAGCUGUUAGCAAUCUAUUAAAUCUUAGUGAUGGUCUACUGGGUGACGCAAUGCAUCAACAAAUUAUUACGACAUUCAAUUGUGAAAUCAAAGGCAUUGAUCCCGCACUACUUCGCGAAGGACGCCUAUUGGUUGAACACAAAUUCGAGAAAUUGUCAGUUGAAAAUGCUCAACGUUUGUCCGCAGAAUUGGGUAUCGACGGAGCUGAUCAAAUUCAAAGUCCGAUGAGCUUAGCAGAGGUCUAUGCAAAGAAAACAUCUUCAAAAUAG